AUGGCGUCUGAUACCUUCGACGCCGGGGCGGUUGAUGAUGAGCUUGGUAAAGUUGAGAAAGCAGAGGCUGCCAUCAACCUCAACGAGCGCAGCUCCGGCGGAGAUAUUCCUACCUCCUCGAGCAAUUUUCCCACCUCCUCGAGCAAUGUUCCCACCUCCUCGAGCGACCUUCUCACCUCCUCGAGUGAUCUUCUCACCUCCUCGAGUGAUGUUCCCACCUCCUCGAGCAAUGUUCCCACCUCCUCGAGCGAUUCCAGCGACAUCCUUCUGGCACAAAAGGAACGACGUGAAGAGAUUGCGAAGACCGAAGUGGACUUGAAAGCGCGUACCAAAGUGCUCCAAGCCGAGCUACACCACAUCAAUAGGACUCUCAAGGCACUUAAAGCUGAGGACAAGCAGUUACUUCAGUUGAUAAACUCGCAACAUACCGCCAACGACACCGAGCAUAUCCUAAAACCCACCUCCCACCAUGGAAAGCAUGCCCCGGCCAAAUCAGUCGCGACUGAAACUUCUCCUUACCUCAACAACUCUGCCGCCAAUAAGCAUCUCAAUAAAGCUCAAGUUCAUAGCCACCAAGAGGAGACUUCGAGAGCUAGUGCGGCAAAGACGCAUGUGCGUCGGGAUCGAAGCGCUUCCCCAGUUCGAGAGCACGUCGGAGGCACCGAAGACCGUCGUCGGGAUGAAGGACAGCUUGAGAAGAUGGAGGCUGCACGACCCGAGCGCCCCAGAAAGACUCCUAGUAUGCGAAGCCUUCGCCAUACAUCUAUAUUCGCGGCUACUCCUAAAGCCCCGACUCGGAUCGUGAAUCAGUUUGGAAAGCCAACUGUUGGUGUCCCCGGCCCGUUGCAAGAAGAAGAUUCAUUGGCUAGGUACGGCUUCCCUACAGUCGUGCCAUACCAAGAUUCCUGUGGCGUUACAUCCUUCCAUAUCCGUAACAAGGGGGAACAGGGGAGUACCCCCCCCCUCCCCCCCCCUUUCAUAGGCUAUAUAUACGGGCCUUAUGCCUCUUCAAAUCAACACAGAACUGCUUCUUCACAACCUGAGAACAAUGGCGCGCCCGACUACAAGAAUGAGUGGAUCAAUGGAGCUUUAGGUUUUCAGCGUCAUCUGCGCACUGCGCACAACAUUGUCAAGCACCCACGCUUGGUGGCAAAGGAGUGCUCCGUCCGCGAACUUACAGUCAAAGAGGUUCGCAGCAUUGUGACUGGAGCUGCAGAUGCGCCUAUGAUCCGCCUGGAAUGGUGCGAGGAUCUGGCGGAGUAACCUGCUCCGGCCAAGGGCAAGCAUACGAAGGACUAAGGCAACAGUACAAUAGGUCUGUAGAUG